AUGACGCCGAACUACGAGUUUGCUGGAACUGCCAACUGGCGGGAUGAUUGGAAAGCCUGCUUACCGGAAUGUGUGGAUGCUUAUGAGCCAUGCUUCAUCCUCUUCCGUUUGAAUACCAUCACUGAAUGGGUUCUUAUUACUUUCGUCGACGAUCGUGCUCCAGUCCGAGAGAAAAUGCUUCUAGCAGCCACAUGUGCCACAUUCAAGAGUGAAUUCGGGCAAUGUUACAUUGAACAUGAGAAACAUGUUACUGAUCAAAAGGACCUCACACUCGACUCCUUCGAAUCAUGGCUCAAAGCAAAAACCGAGUUGGGACCAAUGAGCGAGGUUGAACGAGAACUUCACAACGCUCAACAGGAAAGAGCUGCUAUUGCCCAUGCCGGACCACAACACAUGAAGGGUGUUGCCUUCCCAGUGGAUCGAAAUGCAGAGGAAGCUUUGAGAAAAUUGGCCCAGCAACAGCUCAGCUUUGUUCAACUCUCGGUUGACACUCUCAACGAAGCCAUAAAAUUGGAAAGCACUCUCGAUUCAUUGGAACCAACGGCUCUUGCUUCUAAAGUGCCACGUGACAAGCCAAGAUACACCUUCUACAACUUCGAUCACACAUGGGAAGGCGUUCCGCAGAAGUGCACUUUGUUCAUCUACUCCUUGCCAUCGUCUGGUAGUUCCAUCAAGGAACGAAUGCUGUACUCCAGCUGCAAGGGACCAUUCCUCAGCGCUGCUCAAAACCAAUACGGAGUCAUGAUUACGAACAAGAUGGAAGUCGAUGCUCGUGACGACCUUUCCGAAAAAGCACUUCUCGAAGUCAUUCAUCCACUCCCGGUCGAAGCUCCAAAACAAUUCUCCCGUCCAGCUCCACCACGUGCCGGUCCACGUCGUAUCACAAAAGUCUAA